AUGGCCCUGCGUACUUCCGCCGAUAACGCAGAGGACGUGGCCGCUGGCUUCCGUGCAUUUCGUGAGCACCUCCCCGGCCAUGAAGCGGAACUCACUGGCCUUAUCGCGGACCUUUUUGCCAUCAGUUCAGCUUUGAAGAGGUUGGAUAACCUGACAAACGAUCGUCGACAUCAGCAUAACCUGGCCAUCGUGCAGCCGGACCUCGAAUUGGUCCGUACUAGCUUGAAAAUUACCCUCGAGGAUAUCGUCGAUUUCUUCGGUGAUCUCGAAGUGCGCAGAGGUUCUACCAGAGAUGUCUAUCGUCGAACCUGGAUUGAACUAUGUGAGUUCUUCCGGGACGAGGGGAAGGAUUCACCCCCAACACGCUUAGCCAGGUACAAGACGUUUUUGAAUGAAUUGGAGGAUCAUAUGAUUGAGUAUGUCAUUCCACUUCAACGCCUUGCCACUAAUAUGUUCAAGUUCCCUGAUGCCUCGUUCAUGGCUAGCCUUCGCAACGGUGUGAAAGGGUUGCUAGCCCAGCAAUGCAGUCGACUGCCCCACCAGCUGGGCAGCAUGUCUCUCAGCACACCGUCCUCUCCCAGUAGCCAUAGCACUGAGCCUGGCAGCCCGGUUAGCGACCGUCGGCCUCGCAAUAGGAGGUCCUAUGAACGAGCAAGGCCUUCUCAUACGUCUCCGCACUCACCACUUUCUCCCGCGUCCGGAAAUUUCUCAGAUGUCCCACCAUCCGCCCCAGAUGCACCUGGAUCCCCUUUCACUAGUUCAGCCACGAGUCACUCCCUGGGUUCCAACAUCGUUAGUGACCAUUGGGCAAAAAAUGUUUUCAAAGACGCACGUGCAACGACUCGGAUCCCAUAUGUUGGUGAAAGUUCUAAAUGUCUUGGUGACCUAACCCCCGGGGUAAAGCGAUGGCUCAAUGAGACGGGGUUCGAGGAGCUUUUCCAGCUAGCCUUUAAUGGUGAUUCGGAUUUACGUGUGUAUUUAUAUGUACGAGAAGACGACCACCGAGCGCGCAUCGUAUGCAAGACUUUUCGCUCGCCCCGCUCCAGUGACUACCACUGCCUCCCUCUGAAUAUGCUGGAAAUUAUUCGUGUCGGCUCCUGUCUGCAGUUGUGCCGACGGCGCCGUGGCGGCCAGGAACUUGUGUUAUGGGCCAAUCUCAAGUUCAGUACACUUGAGCAUAUGGUACUGUUUUUCUGCACGUUCCUGGCUCUUCGCUCUCAGGACUGUGGCCGACCAGUGGAUCGCAUCCGUGAUUAUGAGUUAGACGAUGAAGAGGAGCUCUUUGGGGGGCCUAUUGUUGACGACAACUUCCUUCAUGCGCUACGCAUAUACAAAGACCGAACAUCUGGCGCCAUAAGACUCCAGGCAUCAGUACAUAAAGGGGAAAUGAAACGGUGGGGUUCCCGGCGAUGA